CUUUGGAAAACCGAAGCGCUUUUUUCCCUUUAGGCUUGCCGUAGCUAAGCACGGCGGGAUUAACUAAAAGUAUAACUAUUUAGCGUGUGCUGUAAGUCUGUUUAUAAAAUCCACAACAUUAAUAACAAUUAAACGUUUAUCUUGGCGGUCUGGAAGGAGGUUUUAACCGCAGUGGAGAUGUGCUCGCUGGCUCUGUUUCCUCCUCCGCUGCCCGCUGGACAGUCCACCUUAUGCGAAUCUAACAACGAGCUGCUUUCUGGAGCCAACAGCUCCGAUGACAGACAGGACUCAAGUCUUUUGAGUCUGUAUUUCCCCAGAGAGUCCCUGAAGCUGCACAGCCGCACAGAGAGCAGCAGCAAAGCUGCCUUCCUGGACCACUCGGAAACUCUAUGGAUGAGGAGCGCUGCGGCCUGGCGGGAUGGUGGCUUCACAGGGCUGCUCAAUGAAAUCACCACCUCACAUGCAGAGGUGCCAAAGUGGUUGUCAGUGACGUCUGGAUGUAUUCUGGCUCUGCUCCGAUGGGUCUCCUCAUUUCAUGGCUCCUUGUAUCCUCAUGUCACACUAAGCAGUGAGGACCUGAUUGCUGAGUUUUCGCAGGUGCUUAACUGGCCUGAUUGUGUGGUGCGAGCCUUCGCUUGGCAUCCCCACGCUGAUAAAUUUGCUGUCGCCUUGUUGGACGACUCCAUCAAGAUCUACAACCCUCAAAGUGCCAUAUCUCCCACACUGAAGCACCGUCUGCAAAGGAACGUUGCGGCCGUACAGUGGAAGCCUCUGUGUGCGUCGGGGCUGGCGGUGGCGUGUCAGAACUGUUUGCUGGUUUGGAACGUUGAUCCCUGCUCACUCUCAACAAGGCCUUCUUCCGGCUGUGCUCAAGUUUUGUCCCACCCUGGUCAUUCUCCAGUCACAUCCAUUGCCUGGUCUCCCAGUGGGUCCCUCCUGGUGUCUGCCUCCCCCCUGGACACGGCCAUGAUGGUUUGGGAUGUCGCUGUAGAGAGCUGUGUUCCCCUUCAACGGGUUGGAGGAGGGGGGGUCACCUUCCUGUCCUGGUCCCCUGCUGGCAGUCACAUCCUGGCCUCCACUCCAUCAGCCUUGUUCAGGGUGUGGGAGACCAGGAUGUGGACCUGUGAGCGUUGGCCUUGUGUCAAAGGUCGCUGCCAGUCCGGUUGUUGGAGUCCAGAUGGAAGUCGGCUUCUGUUCGCAGUUCAAGGAGAAAUGGUCAUCUACGCUCUGACCUUCUCUGGAUCACCAGGUGUUCCUACAAGCAUGGCCAAAGGGCCACAGACUGCAGUUGUUGUGGCUGACCUAUCAGAGACGACUUUCAACAGUCCGGAUGGAGACAUCAUUGUUGGUGGAGAGAUUCAGUCUUUGUCCUGGGAUCCAAGAGGAGAGCGACUCGCUGUGCUUCUGAAAGGUGAUCCUCAAGCAGCAAACCGUCCAGCAAUCAUUGCGGUCUUCAAAACAAGAGCCAACCCCAUCUUUGAGCUGCUGCCUUGUGGAUUUGUUCAAGGUGAACCAGGAGCAGAACCAAGACUGAUGCAGUUUCACCCACAUUUCCAGCAUGGGGCUCUGCUCACUGUGUGUUGGUCCAGUGGAAAAAUUACUCACAUCCCUUUCUACUUCCUGAGCUCUGGCGUUUCCCACGUCGGCCUCAGCGGGAGUCCACCAAAGCUUCAGCCACAGGAAAGGCCUGCUGACUUUGCUAACCAGUCCCUCUUCACAGAACUGCUCUCCUGACACAUCUGCCAACAAGCUAAUCUUUGUCUUUGGAUUGUUAAUAAAAUUGUGCAAAAAUCU